AUGCAAAAUGCGUGGCAUAAACUCAACAAGGCGAUGCAAAACAUCCAAAAUGUCAUUCUCACAGAGGAUGAUUCAUUAUUUGCGAGUGAAAAAGGCACAAACGUGAAGGGAAACAAUUCCAGUAAGGAUGACAAUGAUCUGACAAAGGGGGAAUUGCAACAUGAUGGUUCCAAUUGGAAGAAGGUUUUGUCUCAAACCGCGAGCAAUGUAAGCACUUCCCCAGUUAAAGCUAUCGCUACGGCUACCGCUACGACUGCCACUACCACCCCGGGUGGCAGCCUUGAGGGUCCCCCAAACUUAGUGGACUCGAAAAAUGCCUUGUACGAAGAAAUAGUGAAAAGCAUAAUUUUGUUUAACAACCUGAUGAGAAACGAAAAAGUGCAGCUGCUAAUUAAUGAGUACCAAAUUGAUUAUUACACAUCUGACAAACAGGAAGACGAUUUUCUUUUAUUGAAUUAUGUGUACAUAAGUAAAUACAUGAUUCUCAUUUUAACCAAAUUUUUAAACAUAAACCUUAUGGAGAAAAUAGAGAUUACUCAAAUGAGCAAGGAAGAAUACGAGCAUAGCGUAACGCACCUCUUCCUUAACAUCCUAAAACUGGGCAACUUCUCCCAACGCAGUGGAAGUAGCGACCUACUUUCUGCACACCAUAAUUACAACAUAAAUUACCAAGGACCGGUCAAUAGUAGUCUUCUUCAGCACAAGGAGGAAGAAAAGGAAGGAUCUGUGCAUUUUAGUUGUAAAAGCGCGGAACAGGUAGUAGACACCCUUCACACUGUAACAAAUGGGAUGCACGCUUCUUCUCCGGGGAGAGAAGAAACGUCUCACGCCUCCCAUCAUAACGGAGCGGGAAAUUUGGAAAAUGUGAAUGAGCACAGCACACAUCAUCACCAAGUGCAGAAUCACGAAGGUUUCGUUUACAAUCCAAAUUAUCAGCGUCAUGAUGCAAAUUAUAACCAUAACAGUCGACAUUUGAAGACACGGGAAAAGGCCAGCACAAGCGGUUACCAGUACAAUGCCAAAAGUGACAAUUUUAACCCUCGUAUAGAUAAAGAGAACGGGGAAAGUGAGAGCGCAGAAGGAGUGGUCGGUAUAGGAGAGGGAAGCGGAGCAAUUAUGCACCGCCCAAGUGAUGUCGACAACAAUGUGCGCAACUCCCCGGAUAAGUGCAGAAAUAGUGUUUGUCAAAGUGACGAAAUCUCCACACAUUUUACAAAGAACGAUUUAGCGUAUAGAAAAUCUUCGGAUGUAAGCCAAAGGGAUUUAUUUACUACGGAGUUACACAAAGGUAGAGAAUUCUUCCCCAAAAAAAGUUCCCUCGUCGAAUGCAGAGAGGAAGAUUUCUGCAUAAGCGAAGCAAAGAUCGAUUUGAAAAAUAUCAUCAAAUCGAUGAAGGAGGAAAAUAAUGUCAAAAUAAAUGUUUUAAAUGAUAAGAUAAAAUAUCUGGAGGCACAAAUUAUUAAAAGUAAGGAACGCCUCUUGAUGUUUCAAGAUCUGGAAGAGGAUGUGGAAAAAUACAAAAGAGAAAUAAAUAGCAAAAAUAAAAUUAUAGAAGAGAUGGUUCGCGAAAAGGGCCUUCUGCAGAAUGAUAUCAGCGUAAUGCAGUCAAAGCUGGAACGCAGCAGCAAGUUGAAUGAGGAUAGGAAGAAGCUCACUGAAUACUGCCAAGAAAAUCACGUAGACAAACAAAUCAUUAUUGAAAUGCUAAAGAAUAGUCGUGACUCUCUAAAGGCCAGCAGUAUUAAAAAUCAAGUGUUCCUCAUUUUGUGCGACAUUCUGGGCAUUAAAAAUAUCAUAGAAGGCGUGGACAUGCAUGAGAAAACUAUAUCAGACCAGUUCUUGGAGUUCCUCGACGAGGAGACGAAGGACCCCUGA